UGCAAUGCCAGGCAGGCAGGCAGGGGAGGCGGCCUCGUGAAACCCCAGGGGGAGAGAGGCCCCUCAAUUGGAGGAGCUGCCGCUCAGUGCAAGUCUGCAGAGCUCCUGCUUCGCAAGCAGAAGCUGCCAGGUACAAGCCCUGGCUGCUGGCAGCCUCUCCAUAUCGCAGCAGGCCUGGGGAAGACGGUGCAUCGGCAGCUGGACGGAGUGUGUGGCUCCGUAGAAGGAGCUCUCUAGCCAGGCUUCCCUCCUCUGGGAUCAGGUCACAGAGAUCUUUCUGCUGGUGGCAAGAAGAGCUCCGCUUUGCCUGCAGAAAGCCCCAGGUCCAGUUUUUGGCAGCAUCUCCAGGGAAAACUGGGGCCGUAGCUCAGUGGUUGAGCAUCUGCUUGCAGACAGAAGGUCCCAGGUCUCUCCAGGCAGGGCUGGGAAAGGCUCCUGCCUGAAGCCUUGGAGACGCCACUGCCAGUCAGUGUAGACAAUACUGAGCUUGAUAGCUCAGGGGUCAGACUCAGUAUAAGGCAGCUUCUAAUGUCCCUAAUGACCCCUGGAGGAGCCCCACCAGAGAAGAUUGAGCUGGAUGCACCCAGGAUUUGAAAGAGUAGAAGUUAACCUAGUCUUGAGGCUGAAAGGUCUUCCUCUGGAAUUCUAGUGGGUGAGCUAAGCUGUCCCUCUAUGGGGCACUGAAAAAUAUGAGGGAUGGUGGUGAUUGGUGCUGAUGCUGAGAAAUAUUGACUUACAUCAACUCUGCAAUGUACUGAUCUUUAAAACACUUCUCUGGACACCACUAGGAAUCCAUAUUCCUGGGCUUGAUGGACCAAUAAUCUCUCAACAUGAGACACUGUUUGAAGUCCAUAAAUAGGGGGAAACCUGCAUCCCAGCAGGUAUGAAGAAGGAGAUUGCAUGGAAAAGCUCUUGGUUGUGAAAUAAUGGAGAAAAGAACAGUGAGUGCCUUGUGUUGCUCAGACAAAUCAAAGUUGUAUGAAUCAAAUAUUAAGCUGUGUGAGCAUUUGAAUUAUACAGAACCCUUCAUCCAUAUUAAUUUUCUUUUUUAAAAAACAUAAAUGAAAGUUAGGGGGGAUUGUUCCUGAAUAAAGGUUUGAUGAAACUGUGUUAGUAUUUGAUGCUCUCUGCUAUUUAGUGUUUUCUCCCCCACCCGCAUUUUCUCAGGAAGAAGCUGAAUUUUAAUGUGAAUUAUAUGCUUGUCUUUUGUGACUAAGCAGUGGCUUCAUCAAACUCUUCUUGCCUUGGGCAGCAAAGUAGCAUUAGAGGAAGAAGAGCUUUUGAGUGCAUUGGGAGCUUAAUUUGAGCAUAGAGAGACCAUGGAUUUGCAAAGCCCAGCAAAUAGCGAAUCGGGGAAGGGAGAAGAAAAAGGCCCUCAAGCCACCCAGUCUGGCAAUGACAAGGAAUUCUGGGAACGAACUUUGCAGAAGAUACUGGGAAGAAACAGUACUAGCUCAGAUGUCCAGGGCUGGAGAUUCAGACACUUCGUCUACCAGGAAGUUGAGGGCCCCCGAGAGGUUUGCAGCCAACUCCACCACCUUUGCCAUCAGUGGCUGCAGCCAGACACACACACGAAAGCUCAGAUUCUGGACCUGGUGGUCCUGGAGCAGUUCCUGACCAUCCUGCCCCCGGAGAUGGAGAGCUGGGUCAGAGAAUGUGGAGCGGAGACCAGUUCGCAGGCGGUGGCCCUGGCAGAAGGUUUCCUCCUGAGCCAGGCAGAGGAGAAGAAGCAGGAAGAGCAGCAGACAGAUGGGAUGUUAGCCAAAGCAGCCCCUGAGCUCCCAGAGUCUGAGACGGCUCCGUUGGUGACCCGACAGCAGCCACUGUGCAGGGGUAUUGUGCAGGAGAGUGACGGAGGCACCGUGGUGCUGGGCAGUGAAAUGACACCGGCGACUCCUCCUGGAGCGUCUCUUCUUGGUGGUGGAGUGGAAACUGUUGCUGUGCACUCACCAGAUCAGGAGGGGGCUCUGCUGGAUCCAGGCCAAAGGGCUCUGCACAGGGAAGUCCUGGAGGAGAUUUCUGGGCAUCUGGCCUUUCUGGGUGAUUGGAGGGCGGGAGAGAAACAGGCCGAUGGAGCGGGAAGGAGAACUGAAGGGAGCCAGAAGAGGAGGCAGACUAGUCCUUCUGAAGGGCCAGACAUGCAUUCCAUCCCAAUCCCAGGAGAAUGCCACAAGGGAAGCAGCAGGACUAAGAUCUCGCAGGAUGUAGAAACCUUGACUAGUCAGCCACAUCUGAGCAGACAUCCCAGAAUCCACACAGGUGAGAAACCCUAUAUCUGCUCAGAGUGUGGAAAGAGCUUCAAUCAGAAAGCAGCACUUACUGUCCAUCAAAGAAUCCACACAGGUGAGAAGCCUUUUAAAUGCUCGGAAUGUGGAAAGUGCUUCAGUCAGAAAGGAACGCUUAUUUCCCAUCAAAGAGUCCACACAGGAGAGAAACCAUAUACCUGCUCAGAGUGUGGAAAAAGCUUCAGCCAUAAGGCAACGCUUAGUUCGCAUAAGCAAGUACACAGAGGACAUAAACCAUAUGCCUGUUCAGAGUGUGGAAAGAGUUUUAGUCAAAAUGUACAGCUUACAUUGCAUCAAAGAAUCCACACAGAUGAGAAGCCUUAUAAAUGUUCAGAAUGUGGAAAGAGUUUCUCUCGGUGUGACAAGCUUACUGUACAUCAAAGAGUCCACACAGGAGAGCAACCAUAUGCCUGCUCAGAGUGUGGAAAGAGCUUCAGUCAGAUGGCAGCACUCACUGUCCAUCAAAGAAUCCACACAGGUGAGAAGCCUUUUAAAUGCUCGGAAUGUGGAAAGUGCUUCAGUCAGAAAGGAACGCUUAUUUCCCAUCAAAGAGUCCACACAGGAGAGAAACCAUAUACCUGCUCAGAGUGUGGAAAAAGCUUCAGCCAUAAGGCAACGCUUAUUUCUCAUAAGCAAGUACACACAGGAGAUAAACCAUAUUACUGCACGGAGUGUGGAAAGAGUUUUUGUCAGAAUGUACAACUUACAUUGCAUCAAAGAACCCACACUGAUGAGAAGCCUUUUAAAUGCUCGGAAUGCGGAAAGAGUUUCACUCGGUGUGACAAGCUUACUGUCCAUCAGAGAGUCCACACAGGAGAGCAACCAUAUACCUGCUCAGAGUGUGGAAAGAGUUUCAGUCAGAUGGCAGCACUCACUGUCCAUCAGAGAAUCCACACAGGUGAGAAGCCAUUUAAAUGCUCAGAAUGUGGAAAGAGCUUCAGUCAGAAGGGAACACUUAUUUCCCAUCAAAGAGUCCACACAGGAGAGAAACCAUAUGCCUGCUCGGAGUGUGGAAAGAGAUUCGGCCAUAAGGCAACACUCAGUUCUCAUAAGCAAGUACAUACAGGAGAUAAACCAUAUACCUGCUCAGAGUGUGGAAAGAGUUUUAGUCAAAACGUACAGCUUACACUGCAUCAAAGAAUCCACACAGGUGAGAAGCCCUUUAAAUGCUCAGAAUGUGGAAAGAGCUUCAGUCAGAAGGUAUCGCUUAUUUCCCAUCAAAGAGUCCACACAGGAGAGAAACCAUAUACAUGCUCAGAGUGUGGAAAGAGCUUCAGCCAUAAGGCAACGCUUAUUUCUCAUAAGCGAGUCCACACUGGAGAGAAACCUUAUACCUGCUCAGAGUGUGGAAAAGGCUUUAGUCAAAAUGUACAGCUUACACUGCAUCAAAGAACCCACACAGGUGAGAAGCCCUUUAAAUGCUCAGAAUGUGGAAAGAGCUUCAGUCAGAAGGUAUCACUUAUUUCCCAUCAGAGAGUCCACACAGGAGAAAAACCAUAUACCUGCUCAGAGUGUGGAAAGAGUUUCUGCCAUAAGGCAACGCUUAGUUCUCAUAGGCGAGUCCACACAGGAGAUAAACCAUAUACCUGUUCAGUAUGUGGAAAGAGCUUUACUCAAAAUGUACAGCUUACACUGCAUCAAAGAACCCACACAGGUGAGAAGCCCUUUAAAUGCUCAGAAUGUGGAAAGAGCUUCAGUCAGAAAAUAACACUUAUUUGCCAUCAAAGAGUCCACACAGGAGAGAAACCAUAUACCUGCUCAGAGUGUGGAAAACGCUUCGGCCACAAGGCAACACUUAGUUCUCAUAAGCGAGUCCACACAGGAGAUAAACCCUAUUCCUGCUCAGAUUGUGGAAAAAGAUUUAGGCAAAACGUACAACUUACAUUGCAUCAAAGAAUCCACACAGGUGAGAAGCCCUUUAAAUGCCCAGAAUGUGGAAAGAGCUUCAGACAGAAGGUAUCACUUAUUUCCCAUCAAAGAGUCCACAUAGGAGAGAAACCGUGUACCUGCUCAGAGUGUGGAAUGAGCUUUAGUCAAAAUCUACAACUUACAUUGCAUCAAAGAAUCCACACAGGUUAGAGGCCUUUUUAUGUCCAUAUAGUAGAAGGAGCUUUAGUUAUAGUUAUCACCUUAUCUCCCAUCUAAGAACAGAUGCCGAAAGGAAAUCAUAUCAGUUAUUCAAGUGUGGAAAGCAUUUCAGUAAGGUUGCAAUGCUUAUUGUCCAUCAAAGAGGUCACACAGGAGAGAAAUCAUAUACUGCUCAGCCUGUGGAAUGAGUUUCAGUCAGAAGGCAACACAUAUCUCAUUCAAGAAUCUGCAUAGCUGAGGAGCCUUUUAAAUGCUCAGAAUGUGGAAAGUGCACACUUUACUUCCCAUCACAGAACUUGCACAGGAACUGGAAAUCACAUAUGUGCUUGGAGUGUGGAAAGAGCCUCAGUGAGAACACAACACUUUCCAUCUAAGAGUCCA